AAAAGUUUUAAAUGUGGCACACAUUAUUGAAGCGGAAAAUAAUCGCCUUGGUUGCUCCAUGUCGCAAUGGAAGAGUAAAAAUGCCACUGAAACGCUUAUAUUGGUUUGCCUUUAUGCAAGCGAUUUAAAAAACAAUUUACCACUAUAUUCUGUGGGCCCAACAGCCAGUAAAUGUCUAUCAAAAAGAAGCAUUUUAUAUAGAAAUCUAUGCAGUAUUAAUGAGGAUUAUGAUUACGCUGAAGGCCUACCGCAGUUUAUAAAAUCUAAUGCAAAAGUGCCUUUAUAUGGUAGACCGAGUUCUAUUCAUAAUGGAUAAAUAAAACAAGAAUCAAUAGUCAUGUUCGUUACGCCACUUCUCUGUUUGCUAGGUUUAAGCUGUGCUGUGAAAGUGAACCAGUUGAAAACAAAAAAUUACAUGAAUAAUACAUUAUAGUAGUAUACUUGUUCUUUAUUUGAUUUUUAUUUGAUUUAUGCCAGAGUUGUUUGUUCGAUUCGAAACUCGCGAUUCGCUACAAAUCGUAGAUAGCUGGUACAAUUUUCUUUUGGUAAUAAAUAUCAUUAAUUUCUUUUAA